CCGGAGCCGGCCGCGUCCUUUGUGCGGCGCUGGGGUUGAGCCUCGGGGCCGCGAGACGGAAUGUGGGCUCUGCCGGGGCUUUUCUCUUCUGCCCAAACUGUUGAAACAAUGGACUGUAAGGGGAUCGGGGAUUGAGGGGGGCGAGCGGGGAAGCGAGCUACACGGGGGAAUCAUGACUUCUGCUGCUGAUUUUUUUUCCUUUCUAGAGAUUAAGAAGCCACCAGUGGCCCCCAAGCCAAAGUUUGUGGUGGCAAAUAAUAAGCCAGCUCCACCUCCUGUUGCACCUAAACCUGAGAUUGCGGUUUCUAGUGUUCCACAGUCAACAAAGAAAACCAAACCAGCAAUAGCUCCGAAACCAAAAGUUCUGAAGGCCUCACCCGUUCAAGACAUCAGGCAGUCACCAUCAAGGAAAAUCAUCGUGAACCUGGAAGAGCAUAAACAGGAAUUCCCUGAAAGCAUUGACAAUUCUAGCUGCCAAAACAGAGGGCAUCAGAGCAGUGAUUAUAUUUUACCAAUGUGUUCCUGCCGUUCUGAGUGUAACCAUAAGCUUGGAAAUAGAGAGAAUUUGUGUGUCAAGCAGCUUGUCUUAGGUCCCCUGGAAAUGCAUGAAAAUUUAGAAAAUAAUAAAAUUGGUGAGUUCUCUUCAGCUAUAAAAACUCAGCAUAAAUGUGAUUCUAAUGAUGAAAAGGUCAAGAGCCAGAGUGAAGUAGUUUUAAAGGCAAGCAUCCUGGAAGAGAAGCUCAAAGAUGUUUUAACACAACGAACGUCACCUUUUAUUUUUCCACAGAAGCACAGAUUCACAGAAAGUCCAGAAAUAAGUGAUGGCUGUAAUUCCAACAGACAAUUCAGAAUUGAAUUUGCAGAUUUGUCACCAUCCCUGUCCAGCUUUGAAAAAGUUUCUGAUCAUCACCAUUGCCGCCUACAACUUCCUAGUGAUGAAUUUCAAAAUUUUGAAACUAGUCAGGGUGACAGUGAAAAAAGCAACACUUACCUUCAUUCAUCUGAACAAGAAGCUCUAGAAAAUGGUAAAAGGAGUACUUUUUUAUCUUCAGAUGGAGAUAUUAAGAAAUCAGAAGUCAAAGACCUUGGUCCCUUGGAAAUUCACUUAGUGCCAUACACCCCCAAAUUUCCAACUCCCAAGCCCAGAAAGACACGUGCUGCACACCUAUUACGCCAGAAACAUAUAGAUACUCCUAGCGAAAGAAAUGAAGAACCAGAGAAUGUAGACAGUAGCUCUCCUUGUCUUUUUGAAGAUAGUUUGAAAAACAAUAAAAUCAGUGUUUUUCAUCGGCAUGUUUUGUGUAACCAGGAACAGGUGGACAAAGUGAAGCCAGGAAAUAAAAGUGAAUUGAAUGUGGACUUCAACGGUGACAGACAAAACUUAAUCAAUUCACAAAAAGCUUUGUGUUCUGAAACAGCUUCCUUUGAAAAUAUGGCAUCUCCUUUAGAGACAGAUUCUAAUUUGAGUUCUGACAAGACAGGAGAUGGUUCUAGUAUGUCACCUGCUGUGGACAAAAGGACCAGUUUUAUAAGAUGCAGUACUCUAUCUAUGAGCCUGCCCAAGCAACUCAAAUUAACCUGCACCGAACAUUUGCCUACUGCCUGUAACCCGGGAGUGUCUGCCCCUCAACUGCAAAAGGAAUGUAUGAUAAAAGAUGAAAGUUCCUCAAGAAUUGUCCCCAAAAAACCUCAAAGACACAGCUUGCCUGCUGCAGGAGUGCUUAAAAAGGCUGCCUCAGAGGAGCUUGUGGAGAAAAGUUCUUAUCCCUCAAAUGAAGAAAAAAGUUCAGAGAAGGGUCUAGAAAGAAAUCACCUUCAGCAUUUAUGUGCCCAAAACCGUGGUGUGUCGUCCUCCUUUGAUAUGCCUAAACAGGCUUCAGAGAAGCCAGUGUGGAAAUUACCUCAUCCUAUUAUACCCUUUUCAGGGAACCCAGAAUCCUUAAAGUCUGUUACUAUAUCCUCAAACAGUGAGCCUCCCACUGCCUUGACCAAGCCCAGAGCAAAAUCAUUAUCUGCUGUGGAUGUAGAAAGGUGCACUAAGCCUUGCAAAGACUCUCAAAAGAAGAACUCUUUAAAGAAGUUGCUCAACAUUAAGCUGUCCAUCUGUUUCAUGAAGAGUGACUUCCAGAAAUUUUGGUCCAAGAGUAGCCAACUUGGAGACACAACCUCAGGCAGCCUUGCAGGUGGGGAGAGAAAAGGGAGUGAAAGUGAUUGGCAUGGCUUGUUGGUAGAAGAAAAGAGAAAUAAACCCACUAAGGCAUAUUCGGCAGAUAACUAUAGCCUGGAAUCCCAAAAGAAGAGGAAGAAGUCGCGGGGCCAGACCAGUGCAACUAACGGACCAAGAGCUGAGUCUUUGGAUGACCAAAUGCUCUCCAGGGAGUCAUCCUCGCAGGCACCUUGCAAAUCUGUUAUAAGCGGCUGUGCACCGGAGUAUGAAAAUAUACGCCAUUAUGAGGAAAUACCAGAGUAUGAGAACUUGCCAUUUAUUAUGACUGUGGGGAAAACUCCAGAGCUGGAAUGGCAGAAUUCCAGCAGCGUGGAGGACACUGACGCAAAUGUGUAUGAGGUAGAAGAGCCAUAUGAAGCUCCAGAUGGCCAGCUGCAACUUGAACCCAGACAUCAGCAUUCCAGCAGUUCUGGAGCAUCCCAGGAGGGACACAAUGAUCUGGACCUUCAUCUUAGUGACCUUCCUUCAGAUGAAGAGGAAGUCAUCAACAGUUCUGAUGAAGACAAUGUCAGCUCUGCUUCUAGUAAAGGGGAGCCUGACAUGCUGGAAGAUAAACAAGGUGAAGAUACUGGAAUGAAAAGUAAAGUCCAUCAUAUUGCCAAGGAGAUCAUGAGCUCAGAGAAAGUGUUUGUGGACGUGUUAAAACUUUUGCAUAUUGAUUUCCGGGAUGCAGUAGCCCAUGCUUCCAGGCAACUUGGGAAACCGGUGAUUGAGGACCGGAUCCUAAAUCAGAUCCUAUACUACUUGCCUCAGUUGUACGAGCUCAAUCGGGAUCUCCUGAAGGAACUGGAGGAAAGAAUGUUGAACUGGACGGAACAACAAAGAAUUGCUGAUAUCUUUGUAAAGAAGGGACCAUAUCUAAAAAUGUAUUCCACAUAUAUCAAAGAAUUUGAUAAGAAUAUAGCUUUGUUGGACGAGCAGUACAAGAAAAACCCAGGUUUUGCUGCUGUUGUUAGAGAAUUUGAGAUGAGCCCACGCUGUGCUAAUCUGGCCCUCAAGCACUACCUGCUCAAGCCGGUUCAGAGGAUCCCCCAGUACAGGCUGCUGCUAACAGACUAUUUAAAAAAUCUCUUAGAAGACGCUGGAGAUUACAGAGACACUCAAGAUGCCCUUGCCGUUGUUAUAGAGGUAGCCAACCACGCCAAUGACACCAUGAAGCAAGGGGACAACUUUCAGAAACUUAUGCAAAUUCAGUACAGCUUAAAUGGACACCAUGAAAUAGUUCAGCCUGGACGGGUUUUUCUCAAAGAAGGAAUUCUGAUGAAGCUAUCUCGGAAGGUCAUGCAGCCCCGAAUGUUUUUCUUGUUUAAUGAUGCUCUGUUGUAUACAACACCGGUGCAGUCCGGGAUGUACAAACUGAACAACAUGCUCUCGUUGGCUGGAAUGAAGGUCAGAAAACCCACCCAAGAGGCAUAUCAGAAUGAACUAAAGAUUGAAAGUGUAGAACGUUCCUUCAUACUCUCAGCCAGUUCUGCCCCAGAAAGGGAUGAAUGGCUAGAAGCGAUUUCCAGGUCAAUAGAAGAGUAUGCCAAGAAAAGAAUCACAUUCUGUCCCAGUAGGAGUCUUGAUGAGGCCGACUCAGAAAAUAAAGACGAAGUUAGUCCUCUUGGAUCCAAGGCUCCCAUCUGGAUCCCUGAUACCAGAGCUACGAUGUGUAUGAUCUGCACAAGUGAAUUUACUCUGACCUGGAGACGACAUCACUGCCGGGCCUGCGGAAAGAUUGUAUGCCAAGCUUGUUCAUCAAAUAAAUAUGGAUUAGAUUACCUGAAAAAUCAACCAGCAAGAGUAUGUGAACAUUGUUUCCAAGAAUUGCAGAAAUUAGAUCAACAGCACUCUCCUAAGAUUGGAUCUCCUGGAAAUCACAAAUCUCCUUCAAGCACCUUAUCAUCAGUCUUACAUAGUAUUCCAUCAGGGAGGAAACAGAAAAAAAUCCCAGCUGCUCUCAAAGAAGUAUCAGCGAACACAGAAGAUUCUUCUAUGAGUGGCUACUUGUACAGAUCAAAGGGCAAUAAAAAACCUUGGAAACACUUGUGGUUUGUCAUAAAAAAUAAAGUGCUAUAUACGUAUGCUGCAAGUGAGGACGUGGCAGCUUUGGAGAGUCAACCUUUACUAGGAUUCACUGUCACUCAAGUCAAAGAUGAGAAUUCAGAGUCGAGAGUGUUUCAGUUACUGCACAAAAACAUGUUAUUUUAUGUAUUCAAAGCAGAUGAUGCUCACUCGGCUCAGAAGUGGAUAGAAGCAUUUCAGGAAGGCACAAUAUUGUAGCUGUAUAAGUGAACACUGCCAAGAUAAAUCCAACCAAAAUCUUCAUCAAAGAAAUUAUUUUGU